CUGAACGUUUAUGAUUAACAAUAUUGCACUUUCGGUCGAAUAAUAAAUAAAUUUAACAUUGGUAGAAUUUUCAAUUUACAUAGAUACACACACACACACACAAAUACACACCCUCUCUCUCACACACAGAGACGAGUUUCUGUCACAUAGAAACCAAACUGAUGACAUUCACAUAUGUAGUGUGGAGAGUGUUCUUUCUCUGUUAUCUUUCAAAAUGUGGGUAAAACAAUUUGUGGAUGACAUAAAUUUCUGGCAUAAUAUCUCAAAUGAGGCGUGUCAUAAAACUGCAAUAUAAUGUUUGUGUGACUCGUCUAAUUUGUGAGAAAAUACAAAGAGAAAAGAAGACUUGAACAUAAUUAUGAUUGGAAUACCAUCUAAGAUAUGUGAAAUGAUAACGCGAUACAACUUAUAUUCGAUUAGUAUAAUCAAUAUAAAUUGGCUCGACCUGAUUUCCUAUCGUUCAAUGGAAUUCGAUAUAGUAGGCAUGGAAAUUAACAGUAAUAGAAGUGAAUUGAUUGUGAGUGAUUUUAUUGGAAUUGGGUGGGAUUUAUCUCGAUAUUGUAAUGAUAGAUAUGAUUAGAUCUGAUUGUGUGUGGAACCUGUAUAAUUUGAUGGAUUUAAUCACUGGACUACAUAAUUCGUUUUGUGAGUGAACAUGAUUGUUGUCUAAUAUCCGUGAUUUUUAUUGUGAUGAAAUCGGAUUUCUUUGUGCAUGGAGUGUGUUAACGAAGCACAUUAAGAGAGAUAUCGAUUAGAAUGAGAGAUGAUCUGAUUGAUUGAUUGGAUUGAGAUGAAGAAUCUGUGUGGUUUGUCUGGUUACCAUUACACUUGGUUUAUUCGACCAGAACCAGUGUUGAUAUCUGUGUGUACAUGCCGACAUGUGAAGUUGUACUGGUUUGUGAUUUAUUAUUUUAUGUGAUAUACAUUUGUGUAGAAUCUCCAAUAAGUAUCGUAUCGUUGGUGAAUAUCUAGUAAGAGCAGUUCGGAUUGUUGAUGUGAUUGGUGUUGAAUAUUGUUUGGUUUUACCCUUUAUACCAUGGUAUAUUCAUCAUCAAAUUUAAUUUAUGAUUCGCGCAUAUUCAUCAACAAUCACUUGUCAGUCAGCGUUCAUAGAACACGGCUAACUAAAUACAUGCAUGAAUCCGAAUGAUUCGAUGUAUAAUUUAUGAUGCACAGUAUUCCAUGAACUGGUAGAAAAUGUGGUUCAUUUAAGUGUCAGUUGUCGUUGUCAAAUCCCAUAGAACAAUAAGAGAAAGUGAUCCGGUGAUAUAUUGGAAAUCUUCUUAUGCAUCUCCAUGUGUUCACAACACUAAACAUGCUCUCAUGGAAUGGGGAGACGUGGUUGUGUUUACAAACAGAAAUUGUUACUGAUUCAAUGCUAACCAGUAAAACAAAGAAUGCCAUCUACCAAAAUAUGUGGAUCAUCAUCAUCACCACAUUGAUUUGUUUUCAUGUCAUGUUCAUUAGUGUAGAUAUGUCUUGUUGAAACGUGCUAAUUAUUAGUGUUUGUUUUAAUGUAGUGAUGUGUUUAAUUUAGUGGUACAUUGCAAUUAACUGAUGUGUGAUUCGAAUGUCACGAAUUGUAAUGAUGCUCUCAUGGGAUAUGAAUAGAAUUCAUGAAUAAAUUCAUGUAGUUGAGUUUAAUAUUGUGCUGAAAUUAUAGUUUAUUAUUUUAUUCAGUGUUCCUUCUCUUCUAACUUGCAGGUGUAUUUUUCUAGUUCUAUUGAAUUAUUAUGUAUUGAUAUUUCUUUAUGCGAAAACGAAAGGAGUUUAGAAAGAUAAUCUCUC